AUGGUGAAUUGCUUGCAAAUACUCGAUGAUGUUAGCUGCGGUGUCAAGGAAAAAACAAGUUGCAACCACUUGGAACUUGCCCUUAUUUUGCACCCGAAACUCUUGUGCCUGUUCGUCUGUGGUGUACACGUCGCUGACCCUCUCCAGAUUUGGCGGGCCAUACAGGUCCACAAAGGAUCCGGCCACAAUAGACAUGAGGUCGGCAACUGGGAUGUUGGGGUAAUCGUGGUUGAUCAACGAGAUAUCGCCUGGAUUGUAGUCGGGGACAUAUAUCUGGCGAACCUGGUCGGAACGUUUCGCGACGUUGGUGCUCCGGUGUACAUACGGACAGAUGACGUAAUUGUUUGCACAGAAGGAGUGGUUUAUGAUGAAACUGGAAUUUGUCAGCAUGUGGUAAGAAAACUCGUUGCCUUGAGUCCGGAAACCUCUUUUGACGAACUCGAUCACCAGUCUGCCAAGACCGGCUCCUGGAACGAGCACUUCCACGUUCUGGCGAGCCUCGACGUCCGGAAACAGCGACUCGCACUCUCGCAAGAUACGGCCAAACGAGAUGUCUCUUUCUUGCUCUCCGUCGGACGACCAUUCUCUAGCAAACUGGACCAGAACGCUGCGCACAUUUUCCAGGUCCUGGCCUGA